AUGUCGGAUCUCCGUCGAGUUGAGAGUCUGAACGCGGACACCUUCCGCCGACUCAACGCAACCUCCGUUGUGAAGUCUUUUUGGCACACUCAACUACGAGCUGCAACGGCUGCAUCACGUGGAGCCAAGGACGAUUCACUUGCGACUGCUAAUGAAGAAACACCUGUUGCCACCAGAAAGCUGCGUUCAGCGGCCUCAUCUGCGGAGAAGAGUGCAGGAGGGCUCACAGACUCUACGGUGUACAGUAGCAGCAGCAGUAGUAGUAACUCACGCUUAUCUGUGAGCGCCACUCUCCCCGGGUUUCCCUCUCCAACAGAAACGCGCCGUCGUCUACGGGCCGCAGCGCUGUCGGCAGAGCGCCACCGUGCUGAGGAGUCGGAUGAAGAGAAACCUGAUCCCGUUGCGAGAACGCUGUUUCAGAACUUUUUACUGCAGGAGUAUGAUGCUCUCGACAGCCGCCCAGUUCUUACAGUUGUUCUUGAUUUGGACGAGACACUUGUGAGCAACCGUGACUCUGGAGCUACCGGUGCAAUUCUUCGACCCUACUGUCUGCACAUGUUGAAUGCUUUGCGGCACAUGCAGGGACUAGAGGUUGUACUUUGGACUGCUUCAACCAAGGAAACGGCGGCCCCCGUAAUUCGACAGCUUAGUCAGAGUGGCCCCGUCUUUGAUGAUGUCAUUUGCCGCAAUAGCUCGUGGUUUACGGAGCCGUUGCAUACCAAAGAUCUCCGACUACUGGGUCGUGACAUGAGCCGGGUAAUAAUCUUCGAUAAUUCCACUGCCUGCUGCAAACUGAACCCGCGUAAUGCUGUUAUUGUUGAUGACUUCCGUGGUGUUCGCAACACAUCUGACGCAGCUCUGGUGAACGUGUACUACAUAAUUGAGCGCUCCUUUAAUGGCUGUUGCGCAGGUGUUUCGGUGCUGGAGACGUUGGUGAAGUUAGCUGUGGAGAAACAGUUGUGUAUGCCGGAAGUGCUCCACCUUCCUGAGUCAUGGAGGCAUAUUCCACUGAGGGAAAUCGCGCCACUAAAGGUACCACCGCAUGGUAUUUUCUUUCGAGCGCACAGUACCCCGCUUAAUGACAGCAUUAUGCAGCACUGGACGGUGUAA